AUGUCGAGUCGUCGCCUCCCCGGAGGUGCUGUGCCCGAGUCCAAUGGCCGUGCCUCUGCUGAGGCACCAGCAGCCACAGCAGUCCGCGGCCUGCGCAACUUGGGCAAUACGUGUUUUUAUAACGCUGUUAUUCAGAGUCUUGCGCGCCUGCAUACACUCCGCACCGAUCUGCGCCUGCGAGCUGACAAGGCCAAGCAGGCUGAUGAUGUUGAUGCAGAAGACAAGGCGACAGGAGACCAGCCGGUCCUGCUGGUGCCGGCCCCGGCGCAUUGCCUAGAUGCUGAAUUGAACGCAACGCUUCGUUCUAUCAGCCUGGAUGUCAUACCGCAUAUGGGCCAACUGGCGCAUUCUCUGCUGGAGCUUCUCGAGAAUCUCACAGCAGCCAGUGGAAACCAGUAUGUCAGCGUCCCUACAGGCUCCACAAGCUUCAUGCCCCGCAGCUCAUCAGCAAUUCAUCCUCUUACCAGCCCUCCGGACCCCAAGCCGCUCUUCAACGCCAUCGUGAUGAAGGCACCACGCUUCCGUGGUUACCAGCAGCAAGAUAGUCAAGAGCUACUUCGGCACUUGCUCGAUUUGAUGGAUGACGAAGACCGGACGGCUGUAUUUGGCGGCAAGCUCGCCUCUACCAUCAUUUGUCACGGCUGUCAUCAGGCCUUGUCCAAGAAGCAAAAGCGCAAGCUCGAAGCUCAAGCGAAGCGGGAGGAGAAGCAGCGGCGAAAAGCUGAGCGGAAGCAAAAGAAGUCGGAUCGUGGCAGCAGCUCAGCCGUUGCACCUACUCGUGGCGAUGCUGGUGCCCAGAAAAAAGCUCGGCGAGCCACUGCCGCUGCCGCAACCGCGAUAGAAGCAGAUGCAGGUUUGCACGAGUCAAACUUCAACGAGCAGGAUGAGGAAAAUUCCAUGGCAUCGCCUCAACCUUUGCAGGGCAGCCCGUCUCCAGCAGAGCUUUCUUCCAGGCCGAACAGCAGCGAUGACGCCGAGCAUGCUCAAGGCAAUGGGGACAGAGGCUCGGGCGAGGAGCACGGCGGUCAUCAUGCUGAGACAGACUGUGAGAGCAAAGUGGUUUCAAGCUUCGUACAGAGCCCAUGCUCGGAUGGCAUCAUGCAACGGCGCUCUGUAUUUAGGCUCAGCGAUGGGGUGGGCCUUGCAUCGGAAUCGAGUGAUUGGCCUGAUGAUGCUGACGCGGACGAAAUCGACCGCUCAAGUGAGCCGAGGAUGACAAUGCUGUCGGGCCUGGCCACUCAGCUGGUGCAAGCUGCAGUGGCGGCAGGAAUGGUUCAAGUGACUAGCUAUGGCAAAGCAACGACUAGUACGGCUGGUCCCGGAGAAGCAUCAUCACUUCCCCGGGGUGCACUGUUUACAGAGUCGACGAUGGAUCACGACUCGUACAAGGGCGGUCAAGCCAGAACCAACGGCUGUGAUACACCGGUUCACGGGCAAACAGAUGCGCGGCCACACCGCAAUCGAACCAGCUCGGUGGUAUCGGUUGGUACGGUAUCAUUGGAUUCUAUGAUCAUGUCAGACAACGUCUUAACUCUUCCCCCGCGUUGUGGUACCUUGGCUCCCAUGUACGUUCCAAGUCCCAACGAAAGCUCGGUGGCUUCGUGUUUGGCUGCUUUCUGUGCCAAAGAGGAACUGCGCGGCACCAAUGCCUUCCUUUGUCAAGAAUGCGGACGCCGUGCAGCAGCGGACGCGGCCGUACAGGACGCAGCUAGUGCUCUGUGUCCACCUCCUCAUGGACGCCUUCAAAUGGAAACUCAACAGGGACAAUCUUCCGAAACCUUGACUGCAGUGGUGGGGCACAGCGACCUUGUCGCUUCCAAUGCGUGCUUGGACGAUUCUGACGAUAUGUCUGGUGAGCCGGGACUCAAGCAUGCAUUCGAAGAUACAUCGCCUGUCAAUGAGGCAAACGGCUUUGCGAGCAAUGUUGGCAGUGUUCGGGCCUUUGCCAAAGGCGGCGUCAGCGAUGUCUCAUCAGGGACGGACGGCACAUGCUCUUCGCCGUCCAUGAAAUCGACGCCCUCUCCUUCAAAGCCCAUCCCACCAGUGGCACGCGAGGCUAGUAAGCAACUGCUGAUUGAGUUGCCUCCCACGGUCCUGACUCUGCAUCUUAAACGCUUUGAGCAACACGGUACACGCCUCAGCAAGAGCUCUCGCCAUGUGAGCUUCCCGUUGGUGUUGGACAUUGCUCCUUUUUGUAGCACUGAGUGCUCGAUGACGGUAUACUCGGGCAAGGAAUGCGGGGUGCGCUACGAGCUAAGAUCGGUGGUUGUACACCAAGGUCGACUCACAGGAGGGCACUAUGUUGCCUACGUACGGACGGAUAUGGAAGCUUCAACGAAGGAUACAGCGGCUGCCCAAGGCCCGAGUCAGACGUCAGGCUCACCAUCGUCAUGGUACUGUGUCUCUGAUGCAAGUGUGCGCAAGGUCGCAGAGAAGGAAGUCCUCGCGGCAGAAGCAUACAUUUUGUUCUACGAGCGUUUGGGUUAG